CAGAAAAGUUUUCUUUUGUUAUUUAAGUGAGUUCAAGUUGGUUGAAAAUUUUAGUUGAAAUCAAUUACAGUGAUUUUUCAAAUUUGAUUGUUCAAGUUCGAAUUAUGACGAUGUACCUUAGCAGGACAAAACAAAAUUCUAGCAAACAGCAAUAUGCUCGUUCACCGAUUCGUACUCGCAGUGCAACAGCAUCUGAAUUUCUAAUGGGAGAAUCAUCUACGCAGAUUAGUGACGACUUCAGCAAACACUUAGAAGCUGAAGUGCAGUCCAGCAAAUGCCAUAUCAAUGCUAGCGUGAGCAGAUUAUUAAAGGAAAUUGAAAAACUGAAUGGAAACAAUGGCAAGAUGGAUAAGAAACCAAGAAAACCAGCGAAAAAGAGACAGAGCAAAAAAUGUAAAAUAUUAAACACAAAGUUGGAUCCGAUGUGCAAUCAAACUCCUACAGUGGAAUCGCCGACACUGCCUAGGAUACCAUCGUCGGAAUGGGUGUACCAGACACCAAAGCGUCAACGCAUUAAACGCUGUGCAGUGCUAUCGGCAUUAUCAGAGUCAGAAUGGAUUGAAGCCGUACGUCUUGACACUACCGAAGAAACAAUUUCCAUCACGACCACCACCAGUCAGAGCGGUUAUAAUACAACAUUUGAAGAAAGCAAUACAGACAUUGUUUCAGAUGUACGCAAAUAUAUAAACAGCAGUACCGAUAGAUCCAAUUCUCUGCCGAAAUUCGAAUCUAAACUUGAAGCUGGUUCCAUUCGAGGUUUUAUUCAAUAAAAAUUACUAUUAAAUAG